GUGUAGACCUUUCUCCUCCCUCUAGCCCGUCAGUCUAACAUAACAUAUCAGUCAAAAAUUAUUAGUGUGACAAAAACAAAACUCAACAUUUUCAUUUUGUCCCUCAAUUUCUCCUCCAAUCCCCCCUUAAUAAUAAAAAAUAGAAGGCUGCCCACAUAAUAAAAUCAUAAAUGUGGUGGAUUCUCAGUGUCCCAUUCUAAAUCUCUACUCUUCAUUUUUCCCGUUCAUCAUUUGCCGCUCAUAACCAUUUUUGCUUUGCUCUUUUUCCUUCAUCAACCCAGUUAAAGAAGAACAAAAAAAAAAAGGAGAGUAAAGAAACAACAACUUUAAACGCGUUUAUAAAGAAAGAAAUCCCAAUUUGAUAGUCUUAUCAUAUCUGGGUGAUUCCUUUUAUAACUUGUGAAAAUCACACUUUUGGGCACAAUUUUCAACCAAAAUACUGUACUGGGUUUUGUUUGUAUUCAAGAUUUUAAGUCUACAAAACAAUAAAAAUUUGCUCUUUUGCUGCAAAAUUGAUGCAGUAACAUGGUGAUUGAAAUCUUGAUUAAUUGAUGGGUGAAGCUUAGAUUGUUGAAUUUUGUGGUGAAUUUCUGGAAAAAGAAGAUGCGGCGACGGGUGGCUGGGCGCCCUGUUCGAAGACGGAUUCCAAAUUGGAUCUGGCCACUUCUUGGAUUGUUCUUCUUUGCUGGGAUUUUUUUGUUUGUUGUUCAACAUAAUCAUAAUCAAGAUCAAGUUUCUCAGCCGACACUGGAAAAAGAUGAGACAGUAGGACCUGUUCGGGAGCAGUUAAAUUUUACUGACGAGUUAUUGAAUUCGGGUUCAGUUGCUAGGCAAUUAGCUGAUCAAAUGACCCUUGCCAAGGCAUAUGUUAUCAUUGCAAAAGAGCACAACAAUCUUCAGCUUGCUUGGGAACUCAGCUCAAGGAUCAGAAGUUGCCAGCUUCUGCUUUCAAAAGCUGCUAUGAGAGGAGAGGCUAUAUCCCUGGAUGAAGCUGAACCAAUAAUUAAAAGCUUAUCAUCUCUGAUCUUCAAGUCGCAAGAUGCUCACUAUGACAUUGCUACGACUAUAAUGACUAUGAAAUCUCACAUCCAAGCACUUGAAGAGCGUGCACAUGCGGCAACUGUUCAGAGCACAAUUUUUGGGCAGUUGGCUGCUGAAUCGUUACCGAAGAACCUCCAUUGCUUGAACAUUAAACUGAUGGCUGAUUGGUUGAAGAAACCUUCACUACAGCCGUUAGCAGAAGAUAACAAGAAUUCUCCUCGUCUUGUGGACAACAAUCUUUAUCAUUUCUGCAUAUUUUCAGAUAAUCUGCUUGGUGUCUCAGUAGUUGUCAACUCUACCAUCUCAAAUGCUGACCAUCCAAAGCAGCUUGUCUUCCACAUAGUUACAAAUGGUGUCACAUAUGGUGCUAUGCAGACUUGGUUUCUGAAUAAUGACUUCAAAGGUGCAACCAUAGAGGUUCAGAACAUUGAAGAAUUCAGUUGGUUAAAUUCCUCUUACUCUCCUGUCCAAAAACAGCUGCUUGACCCCGAUUCACAGGCCUACUACUUCAGUGGGACUCAAGAUUUCAGAGUUGAGCCAAAGUUUCGGAACCCAAAAUACAUAUCGUUAUUGAACCACCUUCGGUUCUAUGUAACUAACAUUUACCCCCAGUUGGAGAAAGUUGUUUUCCUUGAUGAUGACGUGGUUGUCCAGAAAGAUCUGACCCCGCUUUUUUCAUUGGACUUGCAUGGGAAUGUGAAUGGAGCUGUUGAAACUUGCCUUGAAGCAUUUCACCGGUACUAUAAGUAUCUCAAUUUCUCAAACCCGAUAAUCAGCUCUAAGUUUGAUCCUCAGGCUUGUGGAUGGGCAUUUGGCAUGAAUGUUUUUGAUUUGAUUGCGUGGAGAAAAGCGAAUGUGACUACACGUUAUCAUUACUGGAUGGAGCAAAAUUCUGAUUGGUCAUUGUGGAAGCUUGGUACUCUUCCUCCUGGACUUCUCAGUUUCUAUGGAUUGACAGAGCCACUUGAUCGAAGAUGGCAUGUACUUGGAUUAGGAUAUGAUCCAAACAUAGAUAACCGUCUCAUAGAGAGUGCAGCUGUAAUUCACUUUAAUGGGAACAUGAAGCCAUGGCUAAAAUUGGGCAUUGCGCGGUAUAAACCUUUGUGGCAUCGAUAUGUGAACCAGAGCAGUACAUACCUUCAGGAAUGUGUUACGAAUUGAAUACUUUGUGGGCUUUGCUGGUGAUUGAUGCAGUCAGGUACACUGGAGCCUGCGGUUCAACCAGUUGUAGAUUGAGAAAGGGAUUUUUACCUUCAUUAGGAUCUUGAAUUGGCACAUUUUAGUUCCUCAAUUUACAUAUAUAUAUUCUAAAAGAGGAAGUUGCUUUUACAGAUUUUUUAGGGGGCCGUAAAUUGAAAUAGGGAAAAGGCGAUGAAAUUUCAUUUUUUGGCUGUGGAUUUUAAUUUUUUUUGGCCUUUGAUAUAGUUUAGAUUCUUAUUUAUUUUGUAGCAAUGUGUAAUAAACUUCAUAGCAAUUUUGGUCUCAAUUGUAAUUGUACUUUCAUA